AUGUCUCGGACGGUGAGCGAACAUGCUCUCACACUCAGGGUGAUCGUUUUUCUCGUCGUCCUCCGCUCAACUUCGACAGCUCCGCUUUUUAGCGAAAAAAUUGUAAGAGUGAAUGGUGUCACCGAGUUCAAAGGCCUCAUCGCUCAUGAAUCGCUUUCUGUGGUUUUGUUUUUUCACCCAAGGUGCCCCCAUUGCAUUGCCUUUGCCCCGCACUACGAAGCGCUUGCCGGACUUGUGGCAGAUUAUAAUCAAGGUGAAAACAUAACAGACAGCAACCGCGUCGUUAUUGCACAAGUUGAUGCAUCUAAGGCGAGCAAUGAAAUUUUGGUUUCCGUCCAUGCCAGUGGAUUUCCUACCAUGAAAUUGUUUGCUUCUGGGUACGCAAUUUCUCAAUACGAAGGCGCUCGCAAACCGGAAGCCAUGUGGAAGUUCGUCCUUUCCACCCUUCACUCGCGCCUAUCCCCAGCCUUUCGUUUGAUUGAAUCGCGUUCUGAACUGGAAGACUUCCUGGAACAGAGUCAUCAUCAAACUAGAAUUAUCAGCUUGUUCCACCCACGCGUCCAACUAAGCUCAAUAUAUCCACGUCAUGUUCAUGUGUCCGCCGAAGCCUGGAGAGAAACGACUAGAGAAAUGCGAGAUGGAGCAGCUUUGCCCGUGGCAUUCGCAGCUGUUUCGGAUCCAUCUAUGUUAUUACCUACGAACUACGAGAAGCUGGAUUCCUAUCAUUCGAAAGUGCAUGUUUUGUCCUCGCCUGCCCUUGCGGGAGCUCCUCAGGGAGCUGACUUUUGGGAAAAUGUGGAAUGGUGGUUCCCAGAGCUGAAGGAGUCGGAUUCUAUGGAGACAUUCAUGCACGUCCUCGCCGUGGAUCACCGGGACUUUACUUCACUUGACAUAUCUAUGGGAAGGUAUAUCUUAUCAAGCAGGCGACCAAUGGCGAUUGUCUUCAGUUAUAACGUGCCGUCAGAUAAUGACCGCCAGUUUUUGCGGCUUGCGGCUGAACAGAAUUUCAAACCGCGGUUUCUCUCUCUUUUUGCGAAUCUGUCAGAACACAGGGCGUUUGCUGAACAUAUUGGCGUACUUGACUCAGGUGACACAGAAAAUGUAUCGCAGAAAUCGAUAUACACGUUGUAUAGGGAGAGCAGUUUGUACCCGCACGUGUCGCAGUUCGAUGAUUCCGGGAAUGUAUCACAGUCAGAGUGGUUCAAAAGGGAAGCGAAAACUUUUGCCCAAAAUCAUGUUCAAACCGUACCCGGGGAGGUCUUCGAGCUAAGCGAAGAUGACUGGAAGUCCUUGUUCGAGUACGAUGGUCGAGGGGUUCUGCUCGAGUUGUAUCACUCUGAUUGCGCUUCCUGCAAGCGGCCGUCGAGUGUUUUUUCCAAAGCGGCAAGAUUGCUGACUUCUCAUUCUGGAGCCGUCGUUGUGGCACGGUUCAAUCUGGAGACGUUCUCACUUCCACCAUCCCCAAGUCUGCCGCCUGUCGAUGAUGUUCCCGUGAUCGUCUACGUUCCAGCGGGCGGAGAGGCUGUGAAGUUUGAGGGGGCCCGUGCUCCGACCGCAAUCGCCUGGUUCGGCAGAACUCAAUCUGGCACAGAUCAGAUUCCACUGCAUAGGCUGCAAUGGUCAGACAUGCUGGCUUCGUUGAUGUUCUAUUUUGGUUUAAUUUCGGCGAUAAUUGGAGGUGUGCUUUGGCGAAAAGCAGGCAAGAAGAACGAACAUGUAACAUAG